CCUCCUCCUCUUCUUCUUAUCACCAUAUGUUUAAGACUACACAAAAUUAUUAUCUUUGAAAGAUUUGUGCAAUGGGAGUGCAUAACUUGAUGUAAGCUUUUGGACAUACGCCAUUGCUAAGCACAUUUAUCAUCUAUUUUCCAGAAAUUAGCAUCUAUUUUUGAGAAAUUUUCUUAAGAUAUUAAAGUUACAUAACAAUAGGUACAAGAAGUUAAAAAAAUUAUGCUCACAAUGUAGAAACAAAUAAAAUUGUUGUUUAAAAGAGAACUAUUGCCAAAUUACAUGCAUGAUAUUUGUGUAGAAAAAGUCAUAUAUGAACGCAUCAGUUCUACAAAUAUGAUGGGAACUGUCUUAGUUGCAGUCUUUGCACUGAAAUGACAGUGCUGUAAAAAGUUCAGCAUUACUUUCUUUCAGUCCUGUCCUCUUGUCAUUCACUACAUUACUAUAGCUAGACAGUAGUCGUUCACUGUCUACAUUGUUAGUAGGCGUCCACAAGGCUUGAAGGCAGCACUUAGCAAAGAGUUCAUGGUUAGCAGAAACAGCAUGCAAUAUUUGUUCAACAUCCACCUUUCCCCCUCUCUUCCUUUCAAUCUCAGCUAGGGCUUUGAGUUCUCCAUAACCUCUUGAAACCUCUGUUGACGGUAGUGCUGAAAAACCUGGAAGUUUCUUUAUUCCUGCUUCUUUGUCAUCUUUGUUAAACAAUAUCAUUGUGGGACUCAGGGCAUGUGCAAUAUUGCUAAAAUUCUCUCUAUUUGGAUCCUUUUCUCUCAAUUUAUACAACUUCUGCCUUGCUGAAGUUGCUGCUUUCUUGAAAACAUCAAGAAUGGAUGCUUUCUGCAAGGUACUCACUUCAGCCAAAGCAGUUGUUGUUCCUUGCAGCAACUUACCUUCCACAACUUCUGCGAAGGCUGUGUCCAAUGUAUCUAGCUUUGGCCACAGAAGAUGGGAAGUUAGGUAUUUGGACCCCUCCAGAAACACCAGGAGAUCUACUAGAUCCUUCGCAUGUUCUUUAACAAACAUUGCCUGGGCAAUAACACAAUUUCCUUGUCUGUGAGUUGGGACAAGAAGUUGAUGCCACUGUUAUUAAUGUCUUUCAUCUCAAGAGAGUUGAAAAAUUCAAAAAUAUCUGAGAAAUAUUCAGACAGGUAAAAAACUGCAUGGAACCAACUGUUCCAUCUGGUAAUAACAGGCGAUGGAAAAAGUUUUGCAACCUUGCCAUCUCCAUGCUUUUCUGUCAAAAAUUUCAGAUAAUUAUGUUUUCUCUUUCUUGUGUUGAGAAAUGCAGCCUUGACAGCAGUUACAGUUCUGUUCAAAAAUUCCAUUUCUGACACCCAGGCAUUACCCAACAAACACAAUUUAUGAGCCCAGCACUGUAUGUGCUUUAGCUGAUCUACUACCACUUUCAGGGUUUCAAAACAAAGAGUCAUGUACCUGGCACCAUCACUCACAAAAGAAUGCACAUUAUCAUAAUUAAUUUUGUAUUUUGAUAGAGCAUCUAAUACAGAUCGCGAACAAGUUGUUGCAUUACAUGCAUCAAGAUAGGAAACACUGGCAACAACUAAUCUAUUUUCAGAUUCAGGUACAUGAAAAAUGAUAACAAAGACACAACGUCCAACUUUAUCAGUUGUUUCGUCGCACAUGAUAUGGAUUACUUUACCCUCUAACUCUGAUGUAGUUGAGACUUCAAAAUCUUUUGCAAGUGCUGGCACAUAUUUUUCUCGUAAAGACUUUACACAGCUUAAUUCACCACCCUUUCUGGUGAAUUCGUCGAUCCAGUCUUUCAAGGCCUUGUUCUCCAACUUCUCCAAGGGAAUAUUAGCCUUGGCAAAUGCUUCCACUGUCCUCUUCGAGAAAUAUUCUUUGUCCACUUUUCGCCGUUUUUCGUCAUUGCCGAUCUGAACAAGCGAUGUUUGACGAGGUUGUGUGACCAGUUGCUUUUGCUUGUUUAUGUGUUUAUUGGAUGCCACGUGCUUAUUUAAAUUGUCCUUUUUUUCCCACGAGAUGCUACAGCUGCAGUAUUUGCAGAAGAUUGUAUUGUCAUCAGUUGCGUACAAUCCUUGAGAUUUGUAACUCUCCACACGUUCACGUGCGGUAAUAGUGGUUCUACCCAUUAUGACAAAUUUUAACACAAACCAAAAUAAUUAACGGUAUUUGUAAACAAACGUUUGAGCACUAGUAAUUUCAGAUGAAAACAAACGGAUGAUUCAAUUUGGCCAACUUCAGUACGCUAAACUUGCACCACAAAAUGUAUGAUUUGUCUCUAUGUGAAAUAUUGAUCAGAAAAAAAUUUUGAAGACUAAAGUGAUUAUCAACAAAUGUAAAAACCGCGUACUAAAAUAUUUGUAUGUAGUAGUUUUCAGCAUUUAAAAUAUUUUCAUUUUUAUCUUUGCAAGUUCACUACGAUCCCGUCAACGACCUAGAUAUUUUCUAGAUUGUUGGUUUCCGUGAUGCGCUUCCCGGGAAAUUUUGUUUUGUUAGGUUGGAUACUCUUCAUGAACAGGCAACACACGAUGAAUGUCGAGCAAUGAUGAACGUACGCGAACGUGACGUGAUCUAACAAAACAAAAUAACUGUGUCGAUAAGUAGUGUGAAUAUUUUUCUAAAAAUUAAACGGUAACUUGAGUAAAUCAUAAACACUAAAUUUACAAAAUUACUUAUUCUAUACUAUCAUGCGUGAUAUUUGGUUAAGGAAUGUUUUAUAAAUUAAGGUUAGGAUUCGGAUUUUAUUCCUUCAACAAGCCUUGUCAGAAGCUAUUUACGGUAAUUGUGUUAAUGUUGGUUAUUUUCAAAAACAAUACUUUGAGGAAUGUGUGUUCAAGCCGUUUUGUUGCAUUUUAUAGUGGAUUUUCGCCCGAUAAUGGCAAUUUCGCAAAUAUAGCAUUUAUAACAACAAUUAGUAAAAAAUCGCAUCUAACCUCAAAAUUCGCAAAAAAAUCGCAUCUAUCGCAAAUUGCGAAUUUUUCCGGCCCCUAUUAAUUACUAACAAUAUGUAGGCUACACUGAUACAAUUAUGAUUGCUACAAUGAAUAUUUCAAACAACAUAAAAGAAAACAUCUGUUGUUUGAGUUAACUCUUUCAGUGCUGUGAUUGACUCUUGUCGAUUGCUGCCUCUUUGUUUAAAGUGCUGUGAUCGAGAAAUGUCGAUUUGCAAUACUCAAGUCAGUGCGGAAGUCGAUUUAAUUCCCGUGUGUGGUUUUUUCCUUGUUCUGUCAUUACCUGCGAUCUGUUGAGGAAAUCUUGAACCACUUCGUUGAUUUUGCCGGUGGUUCAGUUGGUAAAAAUUAAAUUUUCUUUGUUCUUUUGCUAAUGUCUUUGAAUUUGUACCGUGAUAUUUUUUUUGUUUUGAAUCUUUCUUACUUUAAACUUUUUUUUUUCAGUAAAAGUUAUGCCAAAAUAUUAGUCUAAAUAUGUUUUGUUUUAUAUUUUAUAUAUAUAUUCGGCGUUUUUAUUUUUGGUAGACAUUUAGCAAAGAGACAGGUAAAAGUAAUACGUCUUUGUGCAAACAAGUGUUUUUGAUUCCAUUUCUCUACAUGGGUUAGAUGUUAUUUCAAAUACAGUGUCGACAGAGGAUUUUUGUUUCAUAAUAGACAAAAGAGAUAUUUUGCGUGACAUUUUUGUAGGAAUAAAUAAAAUGAUUUUAAUGUUAUAAUAGAAAAAAUGGCAGACCGUAAACGUUUAUAUGAUCCAUCAAAACAAGAAGAUUAUACAAAAUUACUGGAACUUUUAGCUGCAGAUUCAGAAUCUGAAGAUGAAAACCCUAACAGUCAAAGUGAUAGUGAUGAAGACGUAGAGUGCAACGAGUCGAACUCUGACAACGAAAAUGAAGAUGUGUCUGUAGAUAUAAAUACCUGGUUCCGGGUGAGUAAAGAAACUCCAGUGCAUUUGAAUUUGUGUAGUGGUGAUUCAUUCGACUUGACUAUUGUAAGUGACCCUGUAAAUUUUAGUAGCCAAUAUAGUGCCUUUACACAAUUUAUGCCAAGAUCUGUGUUUGUCCAUGUAGCUGAUCAAACAAAUUUGUAUGCACAACAGUUUUUGGACAAAACGCAUGAUUUUUCACCACGAUCGAGGUAUGCUAAAUGGAAAGACUGUACAACUGAGGACAUCGAAGCAAUGGUAGCUAUGGAGAUAGGGAUGGGCAUGUGUCGAAAACCAUCUCUAAAAGAUUACUUCUCAGAAACAAGCUGGCUUCUUCGAACGCCAAAUUUUGGAGAAGUUAUGUCCAGAGAUAAGUAUUUUCUGUUGCGGUCUUUUGUACAUUUCAACAACAAUGCAAACUUUGUGAAGAAAGGGUUGCCCGAGUACGAUCCAUUGUUCAAAAUUCGGCCAAUAAUAGAAAUGACAAAAGAAACUUAUUUACAACAUGUUCAACCAGGGAAGUGUGUUUCAGUUGAUGAAACAAUGUUGAAGUUCACUGGCCGUCUAUGGUUCAAACAAUAUUUACCUUCUAAACCAUCAACAAAGUGGGGAAUAAAACUGUGGUCACUGUGUGAUAGCAAAACAGGUUUUUUAUGUAAGUUCGACACAUAUGUAGGCAAAGGCAGUGGUGUGAAAACAGGCGAAACACUAGGUGAGCAUGUUGUAAAAAAUCUAUUGAGAGGAUUUGAAAAGAGCAAUUGAAUUGUGUAUGUUGACAACUUUUUUUCUAGUCCAGUGCUUUUUCAAUUUCUUUUAGAAAAUGAAAUUGGAGCUUGCGGAACAGUCAGAAGCAACAGGAAAAUGUUGCCAGGAGAAAUGAAAAUUUUGUCACUAAAGCGAGGUGAAGAACCUAAGUUCUGGCAAAAUAAAAGAGGUAUGAUUGCAUGUUCAUGGCAAGACACUGGUCGUGUUAACAUGUUGAGCACCGUACACUCUUCUGAAAUUUUGACAGUAGACAGAAGAACUAAGAAAAGUGCAACUGGAUUCGAAAAAGUGAAAAAGCCAAAACUUGUUGCAAACUACAACAAAAACAUGAAUGGUGUCGACAAGUUUGAUCAACUGUGUACAAACUAUGUGUAUAAACAUAAAAAAUUGAAAUGGUACCAAACAAUUUGGUAUUUUCUUAUUGAAUCUGCAUUGGUGAAUGGGAGAAUUGCAUACAAUGAAAUAAAUAAGAAAUCUGUCUCCGCAAGUGAUUUUAGAACUGAAGUAAUCUCAGGAUUACUGAAAGAUUACAAUCGUGAACCUGCAGCCAAACGCGGUCGUAAAAUCUGUGAUUCUAUGCCUUUGGCAAGGCUAAGUGAACGACAUUUUAUUGGUGAACAGGAAAAUAAAUCUCACAAGCCAAACUGUAUUGUUUGUUCCGUACUACCAGGGCAGUGCAAGAAGAAAGGCAAAGGAAUGUGCAAAAGGAAGCAAACAAUAUUCUACUGCAAAAAUUGUCCAGAAAAUCCAGCAAUGUGUACUGUACCAUGUUUUGAAAUCUACCACACAAAAAAAAGUUACAAAGUUACCUGUAAUUGUUAAACACAUCUUCAUUGUUUAUGAUUAUACUUUACAUAGUUGACAUUGAAUCAAAUGUUGCUUGCUAACCAUAUCUACUAAUAAAUAACAGAAACAGAACUAAAAACACCAAAAAAUAAGUAUAUAACAUAUUUUAAAGUUAUAAUUAUAUGUUUGUUAUGUAUUUUUAUGUUUAUGUAAAAGAUUGUACGUAGGUAUAUAAUUAAGUGGGGAAGACCCGUUUGUAAUAAUCUAAUAGUGUUUUCGCAAGUGAACUACCUACUGAUAUGUAUUUACAUAGUAACUAUUGAAG